AUGGCAUAUAUUCGACCGCCGCAAUACGACGGAGAAGCUGAUCCGGUUCGCUUCGAGAAUUGGCUCGCAGAGAUGGAGAAACUUUUAGAGGUCAUUAACUGUCCAGCGCACCUAAAAGUAAAGCUGGCUUCCUUCUACCUAUCUGGUCCAGCAGAGUUAUGGUGGCGUUCUAUCAAGGCCACUAUGACUGAUACCUUUUGGGAUGAUUUCUUUAUAACUCUUCGUCAACAAUUCUAUCCUCCAUCACUCCAACGGAAAAAGAAGAAUGAGUUCUUACAUCUUCGUUAUGGUCUUAUGACCGUGAUUGAAUACAGUUGUAAGUUCAAUGAGCUGUCUCGAUUUGCUUCUGACAUUGUAAGCAAAGAAAGUGUUCGUGCAUCCCGCUUCUUCGAGGGUCUUAAUCUUAAGAUCCAAAAGGGGAUUGGGAAGUAUUCUGACUUUCGAGAUCUCUACGACCAAGUGCUUGAGUAUGAAAGGAUCCUUGACAAGGAGGACAACACCAACAAAAGAAAAUUUGGUGGAGGCAACAACAACACAGGAACAAGAGGCCAACCAAUUGGGAUCGCAAGCCGUUCCAAACAACAACUUCAACAAGAGUCACAGUACAGGAGCCCCAUUGUCAUGAAGGAGAAGAAUUUGAUUAACAAUUUUCCUUUGUUUGAUACAUUGAUGAAACUAACGUGA